UCGACUUCCUCAGCUGUAAUUGUCUUGUUGAAGAAAGAAGCAGAGCCAACUACAAUUAAUCACAAUUCGAGAUAAACCAGGUAUCAUUGAAUAUUUUUGCGCUGGAGUGAAGCGUCGCCAAAUUGUAAUAACAGCUCUGAAAUCUGAGAACUUGGAUGACAGGUCGAAAUGUUUCUACAGACGGGGGUGCCUCAGUGACAAACGAUGAUGCUUGAAAUCACUGGAGGGUGGUCGAGAUGGAAGGUCCAGCUCUUGUUCCCAGUUGCCUUGCAGUUGAUAUACCUCCAACAAUCAGUGUUGAGCUGUCAAGGGAACUGCAACCUGGAGCUUACCGAUCCCCAGGGAAGCUUUACAUCUCCGUGCUACCCCGCUGACUACCCCCAGAGUCAGAGUUGCAAAUGGACUUUACGAGCCCCAGCUGGAUUUAUUGUGCAGAUUACCUUUCUCGACUUUGAGCUUGAAGAGGCUCUGGGUUGUAUCUAUGACAAGGUUAUUGUGAAUACAGGAACCAAUGAUGUUAAGUUUUGUGGCCUCACAGCUAAUGGACUGACACUAAACUCAAGUGGGAAUGUGAUGGAAGUGUCGUUUAACUCGGACUUUAGUGUCCAAAAAAAGGGAUUCAGUAUCAAUUACAAACAAGUCGCUGUGGCACUGCGGAAUCAGAAAGUGACUUUGCCAAGGAGCUCCAAAGACAUUGUGAGAUUAUCUGGUGGAAUUUCCAUUUCCCCUCUCAACGAGUUCACCAUAUGUUUUGAGAUAGCUCGGUCUGCCCAGAGAGACAUUGAAAUAAUUUUCUCUGUUAACAGUGCAAAGGGAUAUGAAGUAGCUUUUGGGAAGAGCCUUGGUGGGAUGACACUGACCAUAGAUAACAAAGAGUGCUCUAUAGACAGCAUAAUAAACAGUGCUGAUUUCACCUCAACCAUGAAGCCCUUGUGCCUCACAUGGACAAAGACUACAGGAGUGGUCGCCUUACAGUUUGAUGGCAACUAUAGAACUAAGAUUUGCGCUAACUUAAAGAAACGCACCCUAAACUUGCAAGGUCUUCAAUUAGGAGCGGGAGGCAGUGGUGGUCAAAGUAGUAGCGAAAGUGAUCAAAGUGAUGAAGAUGAUGUUGGGAGUUUUGAUGGUUUCAUCUACAAUUUCCGAAUCUGGAGUAAUGCCAUGGCCCCCUCAGAACUGUCCUCCUUAACCUGUGACUCCAUGGGAGAUUUAGUCGACUGGGAUAACAACUUCUGGGAUAUUCCCUCUUCCUACGCACUAACAGACAGUACAAUGAGCUGCAUCUGUUUCCCUCAUUGUGUACAUAUAACAACCCCUUCAUCUAGUGGUACGUCCAGUCCCACCUUGCCUUCACAAACCACCAGUUGCUCCUCACCAGGUGUGGGCUGCCCAGAGGUAUUCUACAGAGCUGAACUUGUUUUCCCUCCAUCGAAUGAGCCUGAUGUGACGGAUCUCACAGAAUUGCUCAAGUCCACUCCCCACUACUGGAUACACUCAAAUCAUGUGAAGUGUGAUGGGGGCAACAAAUGUCAGGUGAUUUUGGUUCACAAUAUGACCAUGAAUACAAGUGCCAUAACAGCAGAUAUAAAGGAGAGGCUGAGGUCCUCAACGAUGGAUGAAAAUGGAUCAGUGUCAGUGAUGGUGGAAACUGUUGAAAACUGUCCAGAAGAGAAAGAUCUCAGCGAUGACCGUUACAAGUGGCUUGAGAGCAAACCCAUGGAGACCGUACAUAUUCCCUGUUUCCAUUUUAAGGACCAAUCUGCCUCCAGAACCUGUUUCAUUGAUUCACAAGAUUUCAAAUCAAAAUGGAAUGAUUCAGACGCCGCCAACUGCCCAAGCAUAAAGGACAUUGAGGUUUCUGAAGAGACUGCUGCAGAUGUGGCUGUUCAGUUGGCAGACAUUAGUAACAAUGAGCUGUCAAAUGAGGAGGUGUCUACGGUAGUUACUAAAGUAAAGGAGCUGGUUAAUGUAGCCCGAAUCAAUAAAACUCUGGCCGAAGCUGUCGUAAACAUCAUCUCCAACGUGAUGACCAGCUCCAGCCCAGCACAAGCAGCUGCCUCUGAAAUUGCUUUGAGAGCUGUGGAUAACCUGGUUCAGAAGAUUGAAUUUGAAGGCCCGGUCUUCAGAACCUCCUCUAAGAAUCUGGCUGUGGGUAUAUCCGCUGUUAAUGCCAGUGAGUUCAAUGGGACCACCUUCAGCGCUAUUAUCCCUCCCAAUACUACAGAACCCGAGAUUAAAUUCCUGGCAGAAUCUGAGAAUCCUCUGGCUGUAGUUACACUGCCAGCAACGUUACUGCGUAAUCUAACUAAUGCAAAUAUAGAGGCUAUUUCCAGGAUAAACUUUGUUUUCUUCAGCAAGACUGGUCUAUUUCAGGAUGACAUAAGAAAUGGCUUAUCUUUGAACAGUUACGUAGUUGCCAGCAGUGUGGGCAAUUUUUCAAUCAGAAACCUCAAGGAUCCUGUGCGAAUAGAGAUUGCUCAUCUGCUGCAUAAGCCAGAUCCAAAGCGAAGUUGUGUAUUUUGGGAUUUUACCAUCAAAAACGGAAUUGGUGGCUGGAACAGCGAGGGUUGCCAAGUGAGCCCUGAUUCAAGUGACAACAGGACCGUGUGUCUGUGUAAUCACCUGACUCACUUUGGGAUUUUAAUGGAUAUUUCAGGCACUGCAGCACAAAUUGAUUACCAGAACACAAGGGUUCUCACUUUUAUCACUUACAUUGGAUGUGGUGUGUCUGCUAUCUUCUCUGCAGCCACCCUUCUCACUUAUAUUACCUUUGAAAAGCUGCGCAGAGACCACCCAGCAAAGAUCCUUAUGAACCUCAGUACCUCACUGUUGUUCCUUAACAUGGUCUUUCUUCUUGAUGGUUGGCUGGCAUCUUUUGGCAUGGAAGGCCUGUGUAUUGCUGUGGCUGUCUUCAUGCACUUCUUCCUGCUAACCUCUUUUACUUGGAUGGGACUAGAAUCAAUACACAUGUACAUGGCGUUGGUCAAGGUUUUCAACACUUACAUCAGAAGAUACAUCCUGAAAUUCUGCCUUGUUGGAUGGGGACUUCCGGCUGCCAUUGUUUGCAUUGUAGUAGCAGUUGACAAACACUCUUAUGGGCUGGAAUUUUAUGGAAAGGUUGACAUCGGACAAGAAUCAUCAAAGUUCUGCUGGAUCAGAAGCAACACAGUGUUCUAUGUGACAUGUGUGGGUUACUUCUCCAUCAUCUUCCUCAUGAAUGUAGCCAUGUUCAUCGUUGUGAUGAUCCAGAUCUGUGGUCGCAAUGGUAAGCGUAGCAAUCGCACCUUGCGAGAGGAGAUCUUACGUAACCUGCGUAGUGUGGUCAGCUUGACCUUCCUCCUUGGUAUGACAUGGGGCUUUGCCUUCUUUGCGUGGGGCCCUGUCAACUUGGCCUUCAUGUACCUGUUCUCCAUCUUCAACUCACUUCAAGGUCUGUUCAUAUUUGUCUUCCACUGUGCUUUGAAAGAGAAUGUGCAAAAGCAGUGGAGGAGAUAUUUAUGUUGUGGACAACUGCGUCUAGCUGACAACUCAGACUGGAGCAAGACCGCUACUAACAACACCAAAAAAGUUAGCUCUGACAAUCUGGGGAAGUCUCUGUCAUCCAGCUCUUUCAGCUCAAGUACAGCUAACUGGACAUCGAAAGCAAAAGCCUCUUUAAAUCCUUUUGCUAACUAUAACAAUAGUUCAGACAAAAGUUCCUCCAGCCCUAUCAACUUCAAAUGUUGCCCUUCUGAUGGUGAAGCCUCUAUCAUUCCAGUGCACCAUGUGAUUGAUAAGAUGAAAGGGUACUGUUCAGUUCGUUCAGAACACUUCUACAAGAACUUCAUCAUGUCUGACAGCUUCAACCACAACACCAAGUUCUAGAAUUGAACCUCUGCAAUGGAUGACAUGGUUGUCAUCAUUUCUUUGUGCUUAAUGAAAAGAGCAGAAAAACCUCUCUUAUGAACAAUGCAAAAAAUGUUUUAGACAACUCCCAAAAAGAGACGUGAGUGUACAGUAUAUAUGCACAAGGAUGUGAUGGGAUUUUAAUUAUCAACAGUGCAUGUUCUUGGUAAGAUUUGUAUGUGAUGUGAUGGUUUAUGUAAGCUUGCCAUUUUAUAGUUGUUGCAAUGUUAUUUUAGAGGACAUCUUUUCAUGAUAAUCCUUUUAUUGUGCCAUACAAUCUCCUUUCCACUGUGAUCAUAUGACAAGCUACUGAUGAAACAUAGUUAACAAAUCUAUUGUAACAUAUUUAGUCACUACUGGCCAUAGAGGGAAAAUGUAGCAGCUGGUAUAUGAAAAAAGCUAUUUAUUUAGGUAGUAAAUGUUUCUGUUGUUUUUUGAAACCUUGUUAAGAUAGGACAACCUAUUUAUUUUGUUGGUGGGUACAUGGAGUCAGAAAUGGUUUGAGUAUGUUCAUGAUCACAAAAGAGGUUUUUAAAGGGAAACCGUUACACACAUUUUUUUUGAAUUCUUCAAUUUUGAUUGGACACUUUGUCACACAUGAUUAAACA